AUGGAGUGCGGCAACUACCGGGGCAUCUCUCUCGUCGCACACGCCGGCAAGGUGCUGCUUAAGGUCGUCGCUACACGACUGAGCCACUACUGCGAGCGAGAGGGCAUCCUCCCGAAGGAGCAGAGCGGUUUCCGCCCACACCGAUCGACGCUCGACAUGCUGUUCGCCAUCCAGCGGCUCCAUGAGCUCGCGAGGAAGAAGAGUACUGCGGUGUUCGCGUGCUUCGUCGACCUCACCAAGGCAUACGAUUCGGUGGACCAAGACCUACUGUGGGACGUGCUCCGACGCUUCGGCGUUCCCCCGAAGAUGCUGGCGGUCAUUCGCCACUUCCACGAGGGCAUGAGGGCGCGCGGAUGCAACCUGGCCCCGCUGCUGUUCAACUUGUUCUUUGCCGCGAUGCUCAUGGUCGCCAUGGCCGAGUUCGACAAGGACCGCAAGGUGAUGGCGGACAUGGUCAAGAUCGGGACACAAGUGGAGUACACGGGCAAGAAGGGCAGGUCGGCGGGGAAGAAGACGACGGUAGUGACGGACGCGGACGCCCUGUGGGCCGUGCUCUACGCUGACGACGCAGCCAUCCUCUCGCGCUCGCCGGAGAGUCUCAAGAAGAUGAUCUCGGUCAUCGUGCACGUGGCCGGCCUGUUCGGACUGAUGGUAUCGGAGCCAAAGACGGAGAUCAUGUGCAUGCUGCCGAAAGGGAUCGAGGAACGCCCGUUCACGGUCAGCGCCGCCGGCCAGACGUACAAGCAGACAGAUCGGUUUGUGUACCUCGGACGUACCAUCUCCGCGGACGGGAAGGCCGACCGGGAGAUCACGAGCCGCAGCUGCCGAGCGUGGAAGUGCUACCGCCGGAACAGUGCUUCGAUGUACGACAGGCGACGGGCCGACCGCCUGCUCAACAUCCGGCUACUCCAGGCUGAAGUGGUGGACCGCCUGCUCAAGAUCCGGCUACUCCAGGCUGAAGUGGUGGAGCCUCUCCUGUAUGGGUGCGCCUCGUGGAGCCUAACAGCGGAGCACUACACGAAGCUCAAUGGGACCCACCGCCAGUUCCUUACACGGUGCAUCGGCUGGAGCAAGCGGAAAUGCUCAGACCGCCCCCUGUCCUAUGCCCAGGCCCUCAUCCAGGCAGGCUGCGAGGAAACCAUCGAGGCCACCGUGCGCAAACGGAGACUGUGUUUCGCGGGCUUUGUUAUGCGCAUGGAGGACAACCGCCUCCCCAAGCGCAUGCUGUUAGGAGCGAUGGCGGGGGGCGUGGGAUACCGGGGCGGGCAGGAGAGCGACUGGGUGUCUCGUCUAGGAGAGGACCUCGUGGCCUUCGCAUGGGAGACGAAAAGGAAGGGGGGAAAUGGAAAGAGAGCGCCAAGGACUCGGAGGUGUGGUACAACAAGGUCGAGGACGGGGCAACAUGGUUCAUGAGGAAACGGCACAGGCAGGAG